UGGGAAAAAAUUAAUAAAUCUUCACUGACAGGAAGUGCAAAAUCUAUUGCAAAUUUAUUACAUCCGGCUUGUAAUCGCAAUGAUGUCCGCUGCUCCUUGCUCAAUAUAGAGAGCUCAGUCGAAGUUAAGUGUGUGUGCUUCGUAGCGUUUUUAUCGUCUCUGGCCAUUAAUCAUACAAUAUCGAGUUUGAACGUUACUGAGAAUGACAAUGACAGUACUCUUGAAAUUGAUGAAAUUGAAACUGCCAAUGAAGAACCUGAAAUUACAACCAUUUCGAGCACUGGUCUCGCGGACUUGCUGGUUUGAGAUCACAAAUAUAUAUAGUUGUCAUGAAGAUGUUAAAUUGAUUUGUUAAUUAAAUAGCCCAUAAAAGUUUUGGAUGAACGUUUGGCAGUGUGGAUGAGGAAUUUGGAGACGAGCAUUGUUUCAAAACUUCAAUCCACCACAUCGGUUUGUCCUCAGUCGGUCGACCAGUUGAGCCUUAAAUUAAAUGACGUGGGCCGAAGGUUAGAAGAGCUAAUGCAGCGGGAAGAGGAGCGCGACUGGGAGUUAGAACUUUUAAAAAAUGCGAGCCGAGCGGAAAAAAUUAUUCUUGAAAAUAAGCUGCAAACAACAGAAAAGAGGGUUGACGAAAAAGUGAAAGAGCUAGAGGUAGGUGCAAACCAAUUGAAGGAAAAAAGCGAGGCAGAAAAGCAGGUGCUGGAAAAGAGUCUUGAAGAAGCCGAUCUGAAAGUGAAAGAGGCUUUGCAAAGGAAUCGAUAUUUGGAAGGCCAAAUAAAGAUCAAAGAACAAGAGAGGAUGCACCUUGAAGACACUUUAGGAGUGUGCGAAAGCAAAAAGGAUGCAUGCCAGAUCGAGCUUCGCAAAACUAAGAUGACAAGAUUGGCGAGGGAAAACUGCCACAAAGCACGGGGAACAGACUUAAAGAUAUUGACAAACGACAAGAGAUACUUCAUCCGUACAAAAGCAACUAGUUGGGCCGAAGCAAAAGUUUUCUGUGAAUCACGAGGCAUGUGGAUGGCGUCGGCCAAAAACAAAGCAGACCUUGCCGCACUGUUACAGGAGACCGAUCAGUUCGAGAACUUUGACCGAUGGUGGUUGUCAGCGUCGGAUAUUGGUCAAAGGCCAGGUGAAUUCCGCUGGAUUGAUGGCAGCCCAAUAGACAAGAACCUGUGGGACAAGCAAAGUGGAGAACCUGACGACCAUGGCGAGGAUAAACAGACCUGUGUCCUCAUAAUCUCUGGAGAAAACAAGAGAUUGUAUGACGAUCCCUGCACCCUCGAACACAACAUCAUAUGUGAAUUACCUGCUGAAUGCUACUAAUAUUCCUCUAGAAUUAAAAAUAUAACGCAUAUAAGUUUGAAUUAAAGAUAGAUAGAGUAUUUAUUGAACACAACUAGGUGUACAACGGCCCAAUCAGCAAGGAAUAUGUCUGGAAUAUUGCGAAUAUUGAGUUUAAUGUCCGAAUAUUGCAAAUGAAUAUUGUGGGAAUAUUCGAGUGUAACGCUUUUAUGUGCGAUUUACAUAUUCAAGCGGUGGCGCCAUUGGUGGUGGGAAUUGGAACGAAUGCAAUAGUUGAGCUGAUCGACAUGUAAACAAACGUUUGGAACUGUCCAAAAAUACCUUUUUCUUUGAAAUUUUUGAUAUCCUAACAAAAUUUGUCUCUUCAAAUCUAUUGAGAAAAAGUAUUUAAGUAUGUAGCGAAUUGAAUUUGUUGUUGCUUGUCCGUCUGACAAACGAAAAGCAAUCGGAAAUAAGAUGAUUGGGAUGAAGGUGUAUAAUUGAACUUCUUGGGUGUGAAGAGGAAGAUCGAGGCCGCCUGGAGACCGACCGUUCAAGCCGUAGUAGCCGCCAAAAAGAACCCCAGCAAUCCUCAGGAUAAAAUGUACUGCUUGCCAAUGUUUCCGUACCCGUCCGGAAAUCUGCACAUUGGCCACUCCAGGCUCCAGGGUCUACGCCAUUUCGGACAACAUGGCCCACUUUCAUCGAAUGAACGGAAAACACGUUGGUUUUAUUAUAACCAAAUUACUUUUGCAGAUGUGGAGGAGCAGCAGAGCGCAAGACUGACACACUGGCCACAUUUUUUUACUCGUCUUGGUACACUUUGGGCUUUUUGGACUCCAAGAACUCUGAAAAACCAUUUUGAUCCUGCUAAAGUCAACGCCAUGAUGCCUGUUGAUCUCUAUGUUAGUGGAAUCAAUCAUGCUAAGCUGCACUUGAGUUAUGCUCGGUUCAUGGGUCACUUCCUUCACUCAAUUGGCUGGUUGGAUCGACGUGAACCCUUCUGCCACCUCCUUGUGCAGGGCAAGUUCAUGGGCAAGAGCUACAGAGUGGAAAACUCUGGCAAAUACCUUCGAGCCGACCAAUUGGACACCUCGGGAAAAGAGCCUGUGGUGUUGGGGGCGGGAGCUGCGAUUGUCGAAACGUGGGAAAAAAUGUCCAAGUCAAAGUUGAACGGAGUUAGCCCGGUGAAGGUGGUGCAAGAAUUGGGCUGUGACGCCACUCGACUUGCGAUUCUGGCACAGGUGACACUGAUCACCUCAGAACAGAAAAUCGCCAGCAGAAACUUGCCAAGGAAUCCUCAAUUGGCAAAAUAGCAUUUGGAAAGUUAUGGAUGAAUUUCUAGAGAAAAGAAAUUUAAUGCAAGUCAUGUGUAUUAAUGCACAUACACACUACAGACGGUAAUUGGAGUACGCCCUACUGGUUCCACGCAGUCCUGCAUACUAAAUGACCACACAGUUCUAGGACGCUGUCAGGGUGCCAUCAAGUAAAGCGUAAAAGCAAUUAUAUUCAAUAUUGGUAUAAUUUACCAAGGGGAAACAUGUGAUUUUUUUGUAACUAAAAAUUGGACAACACUGCUUCUUGUCUUUCACUUAACUAAAUGCUGAUAAUUGGACUUAAGCAGCUAAUAAUGUUGUAUAUUUUUUAGUUUUUACUCCUGAUAAAUUUAAUUUCAGCUGACUCACUCCUUUACGUCUUCCUUUCUCAGCUACUAUACAAAAU